GCCAGCGGACGAGCGGCAGGCAGAAAAUUGAACAAAAAUAAAAGAAGGCAUAGACAAAAUAUAAAUAAAAAAUAAAAUAAAGCAGAGCAGAGUGGACGGCGUCUCUGAAUCGGUUCUCGCAUCACGCAUACGCCAUGUAGUGCCGACCUGUGAAACGUGAAUGAGCGAAACAAAACAAAAUAUGCAAAAAUAAAUAGAAACGCACUUUGGAAAUACAGUUUGGAGCGGCGUCGCCUGGUCAUGAAUCUCCUACAAAGAAUCGCCAAUUGGGCCUCAGACAAUCGGGAUGGCAAUGUGGCAGAUAAGUCAGCUGCUGAUGCCGCUAAACUCAACAGGAAAGAAUCCUACAAGGCGCAGAGGAAGAACUACCGGCGGGAGAAGAAACGAGUGGCCAGUGAGCUGAUGAAUUCCCUGCAGGAUCCUGCGGUUAUAGUGCUGGCAGAUUGGCUAAAGGUUCGUGGCACACUUAAGUCCUGGACGAAACUGUGGUGCGUUUUGAAGCCUGGCCUACUGCUGAUUUACAAGAGCCAAAAGACCAAGAGCAGCCACUGGGUGGGCACGGUGAUGCUCACCUCCUGCCAGGUGAUCGAGCGCCCGAGCAAAAAGGAUGGCUUCUGCUUCAAGCUCUUCCAUCCCCUGGAACAGUCCAUUUGGGCGCCGCGCGGUCCUGACAAGGAAACCAUCGGUGCUGUGGUCCAGCCGUUGCCAACAGCUUACCUGAUUUUUCGAGCUCCCAGUCAGGCGGCCGGCAAGUGCUGGAUGGAUGCCCUGGAGCUGUCCCUGAGAUGUUCGGCCCUCCUGUUGCGUUCGAAUAGCAGUACGGGCACUGCUCCAACGUCCAGCUAUAUGGGCGAACCGCUGCCUGUUUCCCACGAGACGCAGUGGUCGGAGGCGGACUACGAGAAGCACUUCAACGAUCACGAUUUGGACGCUGACAGCCAGAAUGAAGCACCCAAUGCCGUCAUGUCUGGUCUGGAGUCGGAAUCCGAAUCGGAUCCGGCAGAGCCGGCGCAGGAGGAUGUCGUUGAUGUUGAUCAGCAGUGUGUGGAGACCUCGUAUGUGCCCUUCACUGAGGAGGAGUUUGGCGAGCAAGGGGAGCAGGUAGAGGAGUUGGCAGAGGAGAACAAGAGCCUAAUUUGGUGCAUUGUCAAGCAGGUGCGACCGGGAAUGGAUUUGAGCAAGGUAGUACUACCCACAUUUAUCCUGGAGCCCCGCUCAUUCCUGGACAAGUUAUCCGACUCGUAUUACCAUGCGGACUUGCUCUCAAAGGCCGUUCAGGAGGAUGACGCGUUCACACGCAUGAAGCUUGUAGUGCAAUGGUACCUGUCCAGCUUUUACAAGAAACCCAAGGGCCUAAAGAAGCCCUACAAUCCGAUUCUGGGCGAGAGGUUCCGUUGCUAUUGGCAGCAUCCCAGUGGCAGCCGAACCUUUUACAUUGCAGAGCAGGUGUCGCACCAUCCGCCCGUGUCGGCAUUCUACGUAACGAACCGCGAGGACGGCUUCAGCAUCACCUGCUCCAUCCUGGCGAAAUCGAAGUUCUACGGCAACAGCACUUCGGCGGUGCUUGAGGGCGCUGCCACAAUGACGUUGCUGCCGCGCGGUGAGUGUUACACGGCCACAACGCCGUACGCCCACUGCAAGGGCAUCCUGAUGGGCACGCUCUCCAUGGAGCUGGGUGGCAAGAUCAACAUCGAGUGUGAGAACACCGGUUACAGAACGGAGCUGGAAUUCAAGCUGAAGCCGUUCCUCGGAGGAGCGGACGCCACCAAUGUGGUAGUCGGCAAGAUCAAGCUGGGCAAGGAAACGCUGGCCACCAUCAAUGGUCACUGGGACAAGGAGUGUCGCGUAAAGGACUCCAAGACGGGAGAGGAAACGGUAUUGUUCAAGGUGGAUGCUGAGACACGUUCCAAGCGUCUCACCCGCUACAUGGUGCCGCUGGACCUACAAGAGCCCAACGAAUCGCAGCGCCUGUGGCAGCGAGUCUCCGAAGCGAUUGCCAAUGAGGAUCAGGUUGCCGCCACAGAGGAGAAGACCGUACUCGAGGAGCGCCAGCGAGCUGAUGCCAAGGAGCGGCUCAGCUCCGACUCUGUCCAUAUGCCCGAUCUCUUCGAGCUGGACAGCUACGGUCAAUGGCUGUACAAGUACGCCGAUCUGCGGCCCUGGGACUCGCGCAACGAUGUGCGGCAGUACGAGUGCCAGUUCAAGGUCCUGACCCAGACGCGUCACAAGUCCGUGCCCAUUGUCCAUGGGGCCGAGAUGAUCCACCCCCUGCGCAGCUCCAUCGAGACAUUAUCCCGCACCCAAAGACAAUCGCCAGCUGGGCAGCCCUUACCGUCGGGCGGCUCCGCGGUGCCCAAGGCCAAGAAUAAGAGCUUGGUGCUGGCGCCGCGCGACACCAACUCUGACUCCAGUCAGUCGCCGCAGGGAGCGGUCAAGCGCAGCUCCUCCAGCGCCAUUAAGCAACUUACUCUGGCCGUGGACCAGGUGAACCGGGUGCUGGAGCAGCAUACCCGACAGCUGAACGAGAUCAGCCGGCGCCUGGAGCGCAUGCAGUACUCGCCCCCGCCUAGUAACAUGAGUGCGCAUUCGCUUCAUAUGUUGGGCGGCGGCGUUUCGCAGUCGACGGUGAUCAAGUCGUUAAUCUACGCUCUGAUCGGGCUGGCCUUCAGCCUGAUCCUGCGCUGGCUGUUCAAGUAGAUUGGCGAAGUCGUUGUUGGUGUCAUUUCGUUUAGGAUUAUGAAAAGUUUUGGUCAACUAUAGAUCCAUAUGCAUAUAUAUAUAUAUAAAUAUAUAUCUAUAUAUACAUACACACCCUAGAGUACAGACAACGUAUAUAUACUUUACUGAAUUGUACAUUUGGUCCUACUCAAAUGCCUUCGCACGCUGCCAGAGAUUUAGGCCCGACGGAGGCGCGUGGCCAGAACAUCCGUUGUGAGAAAGUCUAAUCACGAACUAUGUCUAGGAUUAAGUGUUUGUCUUAUGUAAGUCUCUCCCGCAGACAAAGUCCAUGUGCAAAUCUCUUCCCCUUUUAGCCUUGGAAAUUCCUUUAUCGAGAUAAAACGUCUGGGUAGGUUAGGAUGUCGUCGGAGAUAUACAUUUAUAUCAAAAUAUACACAUACGUACGAGUAGAUGCACCAGAUUUCGUAAAAAUUCCAAUUUAAACGAUGCUACUACGAAGCUAGUUCGCUUAUCCUUUCCUUCGAUAGACAGUUAAUAUUAAAUGACACGAUUUAGGGUGAACGACGAACGAACAAUGCUCGAGAGGCUCUCUGCCCCAUAAAGCACCACUUAUACACAGUGCAACAUACCUUAGAGAUUUAAUGCGAGAAGUGCUUAUAGUAAUUACUUUUAGUGUCUCCUGUACACGAACUGUUUUUCCUCUUCCCAAUUACCUGCAUACUUAGAAUUUAAUAAACUUUCCCCACUUUAAAUCAAA